UCAAAUUUCUGAAGUAUUUCGGAAACAGGGGUUCGAAGCGGAAGUUAGGAAGCCCCGACAGCCGGGCGACGGAAGUGGCCGGCUGACUGCCUGUUCGUGCGCAUGCGUUCUUCUAUUUCCUUGCUGCAGCUCAUCAGUCGCUACUUUUUCCUCUCUCCCCUCCUUUUCUCCACGCGGGGGUUUGCGCGUACCCCUAGUCGUGGUUGCGCGCUCAUCUCCCUGUGCUAUUCUCGUGGCUCUUUCACCAUGGCGGGCAUUCUGUUUGAAGAUAUUUUUGAUGUGAAAGACAUUGACCCGGAGGGCAAGAAGUUUGACCGAGGUAAGUAAGGUCCUGAUGUAGGAACCCCUCCCUCAGGAAACGUUUCAUAGAUGAGAGAACGGAGACUCCGAGCUCUCCUUGGAUUCACACAUGCUGUGCCCCCGGGACCUGGGUGGCCUUUUAUCGAGGUGCUAGGAAACUUCUGGGCGUCUUUCUAAUCGCUGCCCGCUGUGUGCUAGGCGCUGUACUGUGCACGUUGCACGCUUUGUCUUAUUUCUUUCAAGAGUCUCCACGAGUGUCUCGACUGCAUUGUGAGAGCGAAUCUUUCAAGAUGGACCUUAUCUUAGAUGUAAACAUUCAGAUUUACCCUGUAGACUUGGGUGAUAAGUUCCGGUUGGUCAUAGCUAGUACCUUGUAUGAAGAUGGUACCCUGGAUGAUGGUGAAUACAACCCCACAGAUGAUAGACCUUCCAGGGCUGACCAAUUUGAGUAUGUAAUGUAUGGGAAAGUGUACAGGAUUGAGGGAGACGAGACUUCUACUGAAGCAGCAACACGUCUCUCUGCCUAUGUGUCCUAUGGGGGCCUGCUCAUGAGGCUGCAGGGUGAUGCCAACAACCUGCAUGGAUUUGAAGUGGAUUCCAGAGUUUAUCUGCUGAUGAAGAAACUGGCCUUCUGAACCACCUGGGAAGCCAGCCUUGCUGCCUGGUCAUUCAGGUCUUGGACAUUUGUUCAAGCCUGAGCAGCAGGUGCUGUUGUUCACCUGCUCAGGAGGAGCUGGCUCUCUGUCCACCCAGAGGUGUGGGCGCAUCUGUAGGGCGUCUGGACUCAAUGGAAAACUGUCUUGCCUGUGGGAGAGUUUCAAAUGAGUCAGAAGUUGUUUUGUGUAUAUGAUUUUUAAAAUUAAAUUUUACUUUUUGCAGA